GCGGUCAUCGCCGAGCCAGAGCGGGUGACGCCGGCAUGGCCCCCGCAGCGACGUCGGGUGGCAGCAGCCUGCCCAGUGGCUUCUCCGUCUUCAUCACUUUCCCCGAUUUGCUCUUCAUCUUUGAGUUUGUCUUCGGGGGCCUGGUCUGGAUCCUCAUCGCCUCCUCCCUGGUGCCCAUCCCCCUGGUGCAGGGUUGGGUGAUGUUUGUGUCUGUGUUCUGCUUCGUGGCCACCACCUCCCUGCUCAUCCUGUACAUCAUGGGCGCCCACGGUGGAGAGAGUUCUUGGAUCACUCUGGAUGCAGCCUACCACUGCACCGCUGCUCUCUUUUACCUCAGCGCCUCAGUCCUGGAAGCCCUGGCCACCAUCUCCAUGCGGGACGGCUUCACCUACAAGCACUACCAUGAAAACAUCGCAGCUGUGGUGUUCUCCUACGCAACCACUCUGCUCUACGUGGUCCAUGCCGUGUUCUCUUUGAUCAGAUGGAAGUCGUCAUAAAGUGACAGAAGCACCUGAGCUGAAAACCCUGACGGUGUGAACCGACUGGCCCACCUUCCAGUGUAACACUUUACAAUGCAGAAGUGCUUCCGACAGUGGGAAAAACAAAACAAGCACACACCUACACACACACACACACACACACAGUGUUCACUACACUCACACACACAAUGCUGUUUCUUGCAGGUGUCAUGUUUACUCUCCCAUGUGGCUUCCCUUCAGGGGUUGGGGACUUAAUGUGUUUAACCUCCAAGUAUUGAGCUGUCUUUCUAGGGUCACUUCCUGUUUGUGAAAGGGACUGAUGUUGGGGGCAGUAGGGGGGCGGGAGGUGAGGACUGUUAUCUGAGAAGGAAGCCAAGAUCCUCUGGUGAACCCUUGGACUGAAUCUGAGACAGAAGCACUGGAAUUUUCCAUGGGCUGUUUCUGGGCCGCCUCAAUGUGGGGCCUGUCUUCAGGUCUUCAUGGUUAGUCUGUGUAUCUAAAACUCACCCAACAGAUGUUUCCAGAUCUCCACUUCAUAAAGUACCUUUGUGUUCACGAC